AUGCUUGCCAUCAUCGUUGCCACCUGCGCCGUGCUCUAUGGCGUGCUGUGUGUGUUCCUUCAUCGCUUCGUGUGGCACACAGGCCAGGCCGUGCCGCACUCCGCGCUGUACACCGAUGCCGCAGGACACAGCAAGAAAAUUUGCUUCCAAGCGCUUGGUGGGGACUUGGGCACCGCCGUGGUGGCACGAGAGAUCUUCGCGACGGAGGUAUACAUGCAGCACGGCAUCCACGUCCCCGCCACCGGCAGUCCUCUCAUUCUUGACAUCGGCUGUAACAUCGGCCUUUUCAGCAUGUACGUGAUGGAACGCAACCCCGACGCGCUCGUGGUCGCCGCGGAGCCCAUUCCCUAUCUCCGUGCGUUGGCUGAGUCGAACACCGCACGGUACGGGCAGCGGGUCUUGGUUGAGCCGGUCGGUGUCGCCGCGUCUGCGCAGUCCGACGUAGCCUUCGUGGUUGACCCCCGCAUCACGGCCGGAGCAUCGAUGUUUGAAGCGGACAUCACACGCCUGUGGAAGGACACGUCGGUGUGUCGGCAGCUCUCCGUCGUUCUCCGCGACAACGUCCGUGCGCUGAGCCUGCCCGCGACGCCGUUCCUGCGAAUCAGCUCGCUGCUGCGUGUGCCGGUGUUGCGGUGGCUCGUGCUGACGGCUCUCUCGCCUUUUCUUGUUCUGUUUGUGGGUUUUCUCCUGCUCGGGCCUUUGCAGAAAUCGACGGUGCGGUGCGCGUGUGUGCCGCUGGCGCAGCUGCUCGCUCGUGCAGCCGCCCGCAUGCCGGACGAGGCGAUGCGUCGACGUGUUCUGCGCGGCCCUAUCGCUCUGGUGAAGGUGGACGUGGAGGGGGCGGAGUGGGAGGUGCUGAGGGGCGUGACGGACGCGGAGUGGCGGCGAGUGGAACAGAUUGCGGUGGAGGUGCACGACGUAGAGGAUCGGGUGCGCAAGGUGGAGCAGCUGCUGGAGCGUCAGGGCUUCGCGGAGGUGCACACCACACAGGAGGACUGGGACUCACACGCGGUACUUCACAUCAAAUCGGUCUUCGCCCGCAGGAGAGAGGCGGCGUAG